AUGGAUGAACUAAAUAGAGAGGAUCUGGAACCCAGAAGAUUCAACAAUGUUAAUAAUCCCGAUCUAAGAAGACAAAUUUGGAAAUUGCUGCGCACCUUAGCCAGUAAUUAUUGGGAAUGGUUUCUAAGGAAAGUGACGCAACUCAAGAGUCUUUGUUUUCGGCCAAUAUGCAACUUGAAGUUAUCACUCUCCUCCAAUCCGGUUUCCUUGGACAGGAUAAGCCAAACAAGAGGCUGGAAAACGGCAGCCAUUCGAUGCAUUGAGUUCCAUCCAAGCAGCAUGUUGAUGGCCCUGUUGACCAACCAGGACAUUGUGCUGCUCUAUGACGAGAGGAGUUGUGCGCCCACCAAUCUUCAGUCCUUCCAACAAAAGGACAUCACCUGUGCCGCCUUUCGUCCUUGGUCCCUAAGUCGCGAAUUGGCCGUGGGAUGUGCCGCUGGCAUUUGUUUGUGGCGGGAGAGUGAGCGGUCCAAGAUGGACCUUAAGAUUCGCCAUCUGCUGGGCAACCAUCACAUGCGAAUACUCCAGGACGAGGGGCACUCCUAUGUGACCUCCUUGCAGUGGAAUGAAGACGGCACCAUCCUGAUCAGUGCCGCCCUGGGCUCCUCACAUAUUAUUCUGUGGGAAACGGACUGCCAGCAAAAGAUUCGAUUGGUUCCAGCACCUGACAGCCUGAGUGCCUUUUCCCUGCUGCGCUACAGUCCCAAUUUUCAGGUCCUGUUCUGCAGCUCCUGCCAAACUGGCGCCAGUUUCUGCCAGCUGAAUAGGUCGAAGUGGAGGUCGGAACAGAUCCUGAAGCGAAGUCGCAUUCAAACGGCUGUCUGGACCAUUUGCAGCUCAUAUUUGCUGUUUGUGCGGGAGGGCACAACUCGGAUAUACUCGUGUACCAACGAUGGCGAGGCCACAGUCUUCCUUUGCCCGAAACCCGUUUGGACCCUCGAACUGCUUGCGGAUCUGCAGGAUGUGACCACCUGCUCUGGCCAGCAGAGGCAUUGCGGUGAGCCUCAGACCAUCGCAAUGGAUCCUUUGGGCCUCUACAUGGCCGUCAUCUUCAAGGAGCAAUCCUUUGUGCUGCUCUGUCUUUUGGUCAAUGCACGACCUAGUAGACUACAACUUCUGCCGCUGGAAUUCAUUGCUUGCGAUGCGGAUGGUGAACAAUUCCCCACUUGCUUUGCCUUUGGGUUUUCACAAAAAGGCAAUCCGCAAGUUCGAUGUUUAGUGAUUGCCUUUAACAAGGGGCAUAUUCAGCGAUAUAAAAUCACUGCCAAUUCCUUACAAGAGGCCAAGAGCAUUCACAACAUUAAGUAA